AUGUCUAGAUUACAAGAUUCUAGCAUUGCGAUAUCUGUGACAUCACGGCCUUUGAACCAUCAUAGGCAAAGAAAUCAAAAUAUUAGCCCUGGGGUUUCGCUAUUGGCUGGUGCCACAGCUGGCGCUGUCGAAGCAGCCAUUACUUAUCCAUUUGAGUUUGCCAAAACUCGCUUACAGCUAAAGCACAAUGCAUACCAUGCCACUACCAUAACAACUAAAAGUCCGUUCUAUUCGCUCUUGCAGACAGUUCGCCAAAAUGGAAUAAGAGUGGUGUACACGGGUUGCUCUACUCUAGUCAUUGGUACCGCGUGCAAAGCCGGCGUUCGGUUUCUUACAUUCGACUCUAUUAAGAAGAUUAUCUCCGAUGGGGACGGGAAAUUAUCACCUGCGCGUGGUCUUCUCGCGGGCAUGGCCGCCGGUGCUGUGGAAAGCGUGAUUGCCAUUACACCAACCGAACGCAUCAAGACAGCUCUGUACGAAGGCUUCUCCCUGAUACUCCCUAGUUCGGUUCGGCCGCUAACGAAAUUGUAG